AUGGCGCAGUGCCGCCUCACCGACUUCUUCGCGAGCCGCCGUCCUGGGCUCCGGGCCAAGCCGACGCGCGCCAAGCCGGCCUGGCGCACCCCGAGUCCCGACAAGGCCGCCCCCCGCGCCCCGGCCCCCGGCCCCAGCAGCAGCCGCAAGCGCGCCCGCUCGCCCGCCGAGCUCACGCGCGACGAGCCUGCACCGCCCGCGCGCAGGAGGCUGCGGCUGCCGGCCCACGCGGUCUCUGGCCCUAGUUCCGCUGGCUCCCCAGAGCACUCUUCCCUCCAAAGCAAGAAGACAAAGAAGGCCCCCCUCUCAGCCAGUCAGCGACCUUGCCCGGCAGCCCAGGAGGACAAUGACAAGGUCCCUUCCAAAGUCACUCUCUCUGAGCUCAAGUCGUGCCUGCAGCGGGCACAGGAGCUGGGGGCACGGGUCCAGGAGCUGAAAGCAAGUGCACAGAAGAAUGCUGGGGAACCCAGCGCGCCGGAGGACAAGGGGCACCCAGCCGGGCUGUGUGGUGAGCAGAUGCCUGCCUACCAGCGCUUCCACGCCCUGGCCCAGCCGGGGCCCCCAGGCCUCGUGCUGCCCUACAAGUACCAGGUGUUGGCCGAGAUGUUCCGCAGCAUGGACACCAUCGUGAGCAUGCUCUACAACCGCUCUGAGACCGUGACCUUCACCAAGGUCAAGCAGGGCGUCCAGGACAUGAUGCACAAGCGCUUUGAGGAGCGCAACGUGGGCCAGAUCAAAACCGUGUACCCUGGCUCCUACCGCUUCCGCCAGGAGCGCCACAUCCCCACCUUCAAGGAUGGCGUCAGAAGGUCUGAUUACCAGCUCACCAUUGAGCCGCUGCUGGACCAGCAGGCUGGCAGUGCGGCCCCCCAGCUCACGGCGUCGCACCUGCUGCAGCGGCGCCAGGUCUUCAGCCAGAAGCUGGUAGCCCGAGUCCGGGAGCAUCACAGGGCCUUCCUGGCCUCCCUGAACCCUCCCAUGGAGGUGCCUGAGGACCAGCUGACACGCUGGCACCCCCGCUUCAAUGUGGACGAAGUGCCUGACGUUGAGCCAGCCGAGCUGCCCCAACCGCCCACUGUGGAAAAGCUGGCCUCUGCCCAGGAGGUGCUGGCCCGUGCCCGCAGCCUGAUGUCACCCAGGAUGGAGAAGGCUCUGAGUGACCUGGCCCAGCGCACGGCCCAGCCUAGCAGCCCCCAGUCCCCCAGCCCGGCACUGCCAGCUACCCCGCCAGCCACGCCGCCUGCCGCUCUGAAGGGGGUGUCCCAGGCCCUGCUGGAGCGGGUCCGGGCCAAGGAGGCGCAGAAACAGCUGGCGCAGAUGACGCGGCGCCCGGAGCAGGAGCUGCGGCUGCAGCGGCUCGAGCGGCUGCCUGAGCUGGCCCGCGUGCUGCGCAGCGUCUUUGUGUCGGAGCGCAAGCCAGCGCUUACCAUGGAGGUGGCCUGCGCCAGGAUGGUGGGCAGCUACCGCACAGUCAUGAGCCCCGGGGAGAUGGAGAAGCACGUGCAGCUCCUCUCUGAGCUGCUGCCCAACUGGCUCAGCCUCCACCGCAUCCGCACCGACACCUACGUGAAGCUGGACAAGGCCGCUGACCUGGCAGGUGUCAUGGCACAGUUGGCCCGCCUUGCCCGUGCCGAGGAGGCGCUGUGA